UACAUUCUUGGACUGCUUCCUUAUAUAAAUCUCACCAAGAACCUUCUCUUUCUUCAACCAAACCAAAGUCUCUUCAACCACCACAAACACAACACUCUUCGUUUAGACAACCAAAAGAAAAGGAAAAAAUGAUAAUGAGAAGAAGUCUAAGUCUGAAAAGCAUCACUAUGAUGAUACUAAUGGCGGUUUUGGUCUGGUCUGUAACUCUAGAGACCUGCAUUGCUAGAAGAGGAAGGCAUUGGAGGCAUAACCACAGAAGCUCUUCUGACUUAUCUGAUUCCUUGUCAACGAAGAAACCGAAGAGCCAUAGCCACAGUCACCACAGUUCUCACAACAACAACCAUCACCACAAGUCUAAACCUAAACCGAAACCAAAGCAGAAAACGCCGCCAAAAGCUAACUCUCCAGUGGUUUCACGGCCACCUAAAGUCCAACCACCACCAAAAUCUAACGACGAUAACUCUCCGGUGGUUUCACGUCCGCCUAAAGUCCAAUCACCACCUCUUCCGCCGCUAAAGGGAUCUCAAGUUUUCAAUGUGAUGGAUUUUGGUGCAAAGGGUGAUGGCAAAUGUGAUGACACUAAGGCGUUUGAAGCGGCUUGGGCAGGGGCUUGCAAAAUCGAGGCAUCCACGAUGAUCGUACCGUCUGAAUACACUUUCCUCGUCGGUCCGAUCUCAUUCUCUGGUCCUUAUUGUCAAGCUAACAUUGUGUUUCAGCUUGAUGGUACGAUCAUAGCUCCGACGGACGCAAAGACAUGGGGAAAAGGGUUAAUGUGGUGGAUUGAUUUCACAAAGCUUAAAGGAAUUAAAGUACAAGGGAAAGGUGUCAUUGAUGGAAGAGGCUCUGGUUGGUGGCAACAAGACUACCCUUUCAUUGAUGGUGAAACCAAACUCAUCGUCCCUUUGUACAAUUCUACUCACCAACACCCUCCAAUGCCUAUAAGAAGUGAGCUUGAUGGGAGAAUGCCAAGCAUCAAACCAACGGCACUGAGAUUCUACGGGAGUUUUGGCGUGGAAGUGAGUGGUAUAACGAUCCAAAACAGUCCUCAGUGUCAUCUCAAAUUCGAUAACUGCGUAGGGGUCUCGGUGCAUGACAUGGUUGUUUCUUCACCUGGUGACAGUCCAAACACUGAUGGAAUUCACCUCCAGAACACCAAAGAUGUCCUCAUUCACAGUGCUACACUCGCUUGCGGAGAUGAUUGUAUCUCGAUCCAAACGGGUUGCUCGAAUGUGUAUGUACACAAUGUGAACUGUGGACCGGGUCACGGGAUCAGCAUUGGCAGUCUCGGUAAAGAAGGCACAAAAGCCUGCGUCUCGAACAUAACAGUACGAGAUGUAGCGAUGCACAACACGAUGACUGGUGUCCGGAUCAAGACGUGGCAAGGAGGAGUAGGAUCCGUGAAAGGGAUACUCUUCUCAAACAUUCAACUCAAUGAAGUCCAGCUUCCAAUAGUAAUAGACCAAUUCUACUGUGACCAUAGCAAAUGCAAGAACCAGACAUCUGCAGUUGCAGUGGAAGGAGUGACCUACGAAAGGAUAAAAGGAACUUACACCGUGAAACCGGUGCACUUCGCUUGCAGCGAUAACUCCCCGUGUGUAGAUGUGCAGUUAUCUUCAAUUGAGCUUAAACCGGUUCAAGAACGGUACCAUAUGUAUGAUCCUUUCUGCUGGCAGACAUUUGGUGAGCUCAACACUCCUACUCUUCCUCCUAUUGAUUGUUUACAGAUUGGGAAGCCUCCGAGAAACAAAGUCCAUGAAUCCGAUCACGAUGUGUGUUGACGGAUGCUGCAAGUAAAAAAAUGUAGAUUAAUGUAUAUCUUUCUUUAGCCUAUAAACCUACUACUAUAUAUGACUACUUCAUACGAAUUUAAUGUCUAGUUUCUAUA